AUGCAAGAAGAAGUUGAGGAAUGUGACAAUGCUUUAACACUUUUCUCCAAACAUGUUUGGGGCAUUAAUCAUUUACGGGCAAAAGAACUUCACUAUGCUAUUGCAGAAAUGAUAGCAGUAGAUAAUGAGCCUAUUUCUUUUGUCGAAAAAGCCGGAUUUGAAAGGUUAAUGUCUAAAACUUCACCAAAUUAUAAAGUUCCAUGCCGAAAAUACUUCACAAAGACCAUUCUACCUGACAUGUACAGCAGAGUUAAAGAAGUUGUAAAAACAAUGUUAUCUACAGUGAAGUGGAUGUCGCUAACGUCUGAUGUGUGGACUUGUAUAGAAACACGUUACAGUUUCAUUAGUUCAACUGCUCACUGGAUAGGCGAUAAUUUUCAGAGAAAAAGUGCUGCACUAAGUAUCAAAGUAUUUCCUGGCAGACAUAUGGGAGAAGCUAUCCGAAAAAUUAACAGAACUAUUGUCAUUUUGGGAUAUCGAUAA